AACGAGCGCGUAUAACAUGUACCAGCACCUGCAGUAUCCUAGUACCACCCACCACCAUCACCAUCACCAUCAUCACGGCGCCUCCUCGUCGUCUUCUUCGUCCGCGUCCCACAAUCCGCACAACGGGACCGCGGUUUCCGGUAUAUUCGGCCACCACGCCGCCACCGGGGCCGGCAACGCGACCGGCGUGGCCGGCGUUAACGUCGACUCGAAGUUGUUGGUCGGUCACGCGCACGCCAACGCGCCGAGCUCGCCGUCCGCGCAGCAGCAGCAGCAGCAAAAGCCGAGGAACAAGUCGAGGACGUCCGCCGAGGGUCGCGAGUGCGUGAACUGCGGUGCCACGUCGACGCCCCUUUGGAGACGAGACGGCACGGGCCACUACCUCUGCAACGCUUGCGGCCUCUACUACAAGAUGAACGGCCAGAAUCGACCCCUCAUCAAGCCGAAACGACGCCUGUCGCUGCAGAGUGCGGCGAGACGGGCGGGCACCAGCUGCGCCAACUGCAAAACCGCGACCACCACGCUCUGGCGGAGGAAUCAGGCCGGCGAGCCAGUUUGCAACGCGUGCGGCCUCUACUACAAGCUACACAACGUGAACCGGCCGCUGACGAUGAAGAAGGAGGGCAUUCAGACGAGGAACAGGAAGCUCUCGUCCAAGAGCAAGAAGAAGAAGGCCGGCGGGUGCUUAGGCCUCGGCGGCGUGAUGGGCGAUAUGAUCAAGGCCAGUGGUCAUCUCGAUCUCGAUAACAAGCCCUUCCAUUCGGGCUUCGGAUCACCGAUGAGUACGUCGCAGCAUCAUCACACGAUGCAUCCGGCGAUGCAGCAUUACAUGUAUCACACGGGUGUCGGCGUGGCCGGAGGUCUUCAUCAAGGAUUUGCACCACCGGCGCCGCCUCCCAUCCACCCGCACUCGCAUUCGCAUUCCCAUUCCCAUCACAUGACGAGUCUUCAGGGUCUCCAGUUGGCCGCCACGACGAACGCGAUGACCGGUUGGCGAUCGGAGUACACAUGAAUCGCGAGUGAUCAGCAGCUCAGGACGCAGCCCACCACUCUUGUUCUAUCGUAAAUAAAACGAAGUCAAGCUCCUCUCUUUCUCUCCUAGCGACGAACGGGAGACGUUCGAGAGCAGGGAAAACACGUUACUCUCCGCGAACACCCCUAAAAAAAAAUCAUCGAAAUACCCUUUGUUAUCCGUUACGUCGCGAUCGCCCCGAAACUUUUCCUCCGGUUUCUCUCAUCUUUCCGUUCUCCCGUUGUUGUUGCGGUCUCGCGUCGUUGUAAAUAUGUAAAGUUUCAUCGUAGGGCCAUCGAGCCCAGGCCCCAAGUACAAACGAAGUCAGCUAACUUGUAUCGAGUCUUAUUAUACGCGCCUGUACAUAUAAUAGAUACACUUAUACGAUUAAAUGCAAGAGUUUAUAUUAUGUGCGUGUUGUGUGGUGUGAAUGACGAUAUCGGAGCGCGCGCCCGCUCCGAUUCUCGUUUCGACGCGAAGCCUUCGAAGACGAUUCUUUCUCACAGGGUGUAAACGAAUUAUGUUCGAUAUCGGGCUUUUUCUAACGAAAACAAAACGAAGCGACAAAACGUGAAAGGGUAUGAAGCCCUCGCGAAUCGGAAUCGAUCUUCGGAGACCGCUGGAACGUCUCGAGCGUGCAUUCGACGAAAAUCGAGAGACAUCGUGCAAUUUUAACAGUGUUUUUAUUAACGCGGUCGCGUCGUUCGAACGUCGAUCCUGUCGGUCUCUCUUCGACGUACAUUCUCCUCGUUUUCCCUGUCGCGUCUCGCGCAAACGCGUUUAUUCGUCGAUCGAUCGUUCGAUCGUUGGAUCGAUCGGGGGAUAAAGAAAUUUUCGCGCGUCUGCGUUAAACGGGACGAAGCGCGUUUUAUUUAUUCGGCAGAAGAGAGACGGGAAAGAUCGACGGUCCGUCGGCGUCGCGCGUCGUACCGGCUAGCGCUAGCCAGCGAACGAGUAAACGUAAAAACCACCUAGCGUAAAUCCGUAAAUUAUAUCGAAUUUCCGGCGAAUCCGGAUCGAGUCGAUCGUCCUGUCGUGGAACAGCCAGCCCGCGGAUUAGAGACAGGGACGAGCCAGGAUUGUUCAACGGAGAAAACGUGUGCGAAAAGCGAGAAAAUUUGCGGAAGGACGCGUUGUAAAUUUUGUAUCUUCGAGAUUGUGUACCGUUAUCACUGUAAUGAUAGUAUAUAAAUAUAUAAAUAAAAUCUAUACGAAUGAAUAUAAAUAUACAGAUAAAUAAAUGAAUAAACAAACAAAUAAAUAUAUAUAUAUAUAUAUAAAAAUCUAUAUGCAAAUAAAAAUAUAAAUAAUAGCAACGGCCCGCAGCACGGCUGGCAAAGCGUCGAGAGAGAGGAGUAAAAGUGAUUGUGCAUAAAUUAGCGGUUAAUUGCGCAUCGUAAGAUUUGCAUCUAGAUAGUCGAGCGAUGGUAAUUAAAACGAUUUAUCGCGAGCGAAAAGGUUAAUAGCCGUAAAUGACGAUUAUCAUUAUUAUUCUUAUUACUAUUAUCGUCGUCGUCGAUCGACCGAUCGCCGAUUAUUCAUUAAUCGUUCCAAUUAAUUAAUUAAUCGCGGACAGACUCGACCGCGGACGUUAUCGCGAGUCCAGACCACAUUGUGAUCCUUUGUUUUUUCGAUGUUUAAGGUGUUUUAAGGAUAACGGAGACGGCUCGAAUUGGCUCGAUCGCGUCGACCACGGGUCUCGCACCGAUAUCGAACUAUCGACGAUCGUUCGAGCCAAUCUCGUGGUUUUCGGGAACUCGCGGAACGGGCGAGGGGGAACCGAGUCGACUAUAAGCCGAGACGAUUUUUCCGAAAAAGACUGAAAAGCAAGAGGGAACGGGACGACGGACUACGAUCCAGCCGGGAAGAGCGAUACUUUCUGGCGAGAAAUUUUGCCGAACAACCACCCCCUUUUCUCGCGACGACGGAGGGAAAGAGACGACGAGUUCGCGCGAGUGGGCACAGAGGGGGAGGUUAUUCUAAUAAUAGUAUUAUUAGGGAGUAGCGUGUAGACUGUAUAAAAAAAACACACAAACACACACACACACGGACACUCGUACGCACGGAUAUACAGCCGCGUAGAGGUAUUACGAUUUCUAAGGGAGCGUGGAACCGGAGAAGAAGGAGGACGAGGACAAGGGAGAGAUUUCGUCGACGGAAAAUCGACCACAGUGGGUCGGGAGAUGUAUCGCGGCGAUAUUAUUUCGAAUGUAAAAAGCGACAUUGUAAGAUAUUAUUGUAAAAAAAGGUUUUAACUUAAAAUAAAUUAAACGAUAAUUCACGCAUUAA